UCACAGCCCCCCCUGCUAACGCUAACCCUUAAGGGUAUAAAUAAGAGGGAGAGACACCAUGAGACACUAGAGAUAUCAGAGACAUCAAAGACAACAGAGCAUCCAAACACACUGACAUCAGGAUCUUCAUCUUCAGUUCAGCUGAAGUCUGACCAUGAAGCUGGUUUCAGUUGUCCUUGUCCUGCUGGCUCCACUGUUGACCAGUUGCCACCCGCUCGUUCUGCCUUUGGACUGCAGUGACAUUCAUAAUAAUGAGAACAGCCGACCCAGUGGAGUGUACACCAUCUAUCCCAUCGGAGCCACGUCUGCUGUCCAGGUGUACUGUGGCAUGGAUUCAGAAGGAGGACAUUGGACGGUGUUCCAGAGGAGGAUGGACGGCACGGUGAACUUCUACAGGGGCUGGGAUCAAUACAAGACCGGCUUUGGUAUCGCUGCUGGAGAGUACUGGCUCGGUCUCGAGUCUCUCUACCACCUGACUCAGAGGAAAAGGUACGAGCUGCUGGUCGACAUGGAGGACUUUGAAGGAAACAAAGUGUUCGCUCGUUACUCCUCAUUCUCCAUCGAUGCUGAGUCCUCCGGAUACACACUGCAUGUUUCUGUUUUCACUGAUGGAGGAGCAGGAGACGCUCUGAGUCGUCACAAUGGAAUGAAGUUCACCACCUUCGACAAAGACCAGGACACCUCUGCAGGGAACUGUGCCAGAUCAUUCCUGGGGGCGUUCUGGUAUGCCGCCUGUCACAAUACAAAUCCAAACGGCAUUUAUCGUUGGGGGGCUGACAGCACUGUCUAUGCUGUUGGAGUGGAAUGGAACACUUGGAAAGGUCAUGACUACUCCCUGAAGACCAUCAGCAUGAAGAUCCGUCCUGUGCAGUAGUUCUCCAGGACAGACAUCCAGCAGAAUAUCCGCACAUCUCUUCUGAUUUAUUUAUCUUUCUCUCAUUAAUUAUUUAAUUUCAC